AAAAAAAAACACGAAGAAAGGUAUAUCGCUUCGUAUUGUCGCAGAGUUGAGAAUUCUUUCCGACAACGUCGACGGCAGGAUCUAUUGAACACCUCUCUCAUCUUUCACCGUCUUCCCUUUCUUCUUCUUCUUCUUUCACUGUUAUCUCUCUACAAUCUGUGGCAGUGGGCACCAAUCUUCAAUGGAAGAACUCAAUUUUUUGUAGUAGGACUCGUCGAUCGAUUCUUAAUUGGAGAGGCAGCCUCUACAGAACACGAAGUCGUCGCGAUUCUCGUCUCCACACUAUACAGUAAACGAUCGAAUUACAAUUGGCAUGGCUGAUUACUCCAAGGACGACGUCGUUCAGCUGAUCAAGCGAUUCGGCGCUUUUCUCACCGUCAGGAUUUCCAAUCUCUUGCGUUCCAUGGAUACAAAAUCUGUUGGGGCUUUGGCAGGUCUUGCAUUAGCAAUAGUGUUUACCUGGAGACUAUUGAGAUCACCUAGUGGCACUCAAAGGAGACGACCAAAACGACAAGCUGCACCAUCUAGUAGUUCUGGUGCAAGUAGUCAUACAAAUGCAACUAUAACAACUUCUGUUGUUAACCCAUCAGAUGAUUCAAGAGCACAAAAUGUUAUUGAUGAGUUUUUUCAGCCUGUAAAGCCAACCCUGGGGCAAAUAGUCAGGCAGAAGCUGAGUGAAGGGAGGAAGGUAACUUUCUACAGUUCUACAGUUCUACAUGCUAUUCUUGUCUACAAAUCACAUUGA